GACUUUCAUUAAGGCUUUUAUCAUUUACUUCAUUAAGGAUUCUUAGUCUAGUCAGUUACAUCAUUUUUUGGACUUUUUUUUUUUUGAGUAGUUUUGUAGUGUGGUCAUCCAUGUUGCUGGUAAGAUCCUCCUCCUCCCUAGCUUGGCUCCUCCUCUUUUUUGUCUCUCUCCAUCCAAGUGGCUGUGUACCCAUUGACAGCGUGUUGGCACCAUUUGCAGGCCUGGUCAGAGAGCGUCUGCUCUACACAGGCAGCAGGAAUGAGGGUUUUUUUCUUGAGAUUGUUGCCGAUGGUUCUGUACGGGCCUCCCCUCAUUCAAGCUCGAACUGUGUGCUGGAGCUGCGGUCAGUGAGGCCAGGAGAGACAGUCAUUCGUGGAGUAGCCGCCUCUCUAUUCCUGUGUGUGAACCCAGCGGGGCAUCUCAGAGGACAGUGGCAUUACACCGAAGAAGACUGUACCUUCAGGGAGCUGCUGGUGGACUCAUACACUAUGUUUCUCUCCCCACACACCAGUCUUCCUGUCUCACUCCGCUCCAAGCAGUCAGGGAAAAAGCGAGGUCAUUUACAUUUGUCUCACUUCCUCCCAGUGAAAAACCCUGGGCUUCUUAUAGAGGAGAAGGACGGACAGGAGCCUGGAAUUGAGGACCCUGAUGUGAACUCGGAAGACCCAUUGGGGUUUGGCCAGAUGUCUCAGGCACACGCUAUCUUCAGUCCAUCUAUGCACAGAAAAAAGAAGAGACGAGGUCUGCAGUGACAGCCUCCAUUUCAGUCCAUAUUUAUUAAAGAGAAAACAUGUUGUAUUAUAUAUUUAUAAUUGAUUCUGUAUUUAUAAAGGUAAAUAAAUAAUUAGACCUUUGACAUAUAAAACAGACAAAAAAACACAGAACUAUAUUUUUCUCUUUGUUAAAUAGUU